AUGUGCCCAUCUGGCGUCGAUUGUGAAGCGGUCUUGCCAUUGGCGAGUAUUAGUCGGAAAAUUAAACAGGAGGAUCUAGUCGAAAAUUCGAACAGUAGAUGGAAUUAUGACCCAGAUAAAAGCGUCUCCCUACGAUUUCUUAUGUCGAGACGCUGUGGAGCAAAAAUAAAGAUAUCGGACAAGGGUGUGAAGGAAAGAGUCGUUUUCAUUUCCGGAUCUAUCGCUGCUGUUGUGCGUGUUAUCAGACGAUUGUGCCGUGAAUUUGCCUGGGUCUCAUCGGAUUACGUGGACGUGGAAAACGCUUCAAAUAUCCCGAAAUUUGUAUUUCGUAUGCUUCUACCAGCAUCACUUUGUGGCCACUUAAUUGGCCAACAGGGCGAAUGCAUCCACAAACUUAGACAGAUUACGGGCUCCUUGGUAAAAAUUACUCGUCAGAAGCUUCCAAAUUCCACUGAGAGGAUACUCUUUAUCUAUGGUACUGUCACCUCCAUUACUGCCUGCCUUGAGAUGAUUUGUGCACUCCUGGGUGAGGUGAAAAAUCAAUCCCAUGAAAUACCCUAUAUUCCUGCAACAGAGCCCUUUAAUCCCUCGCGUUUGUAUUCCAAAGUGCCUUUAUCAUUUCCAUGGAAUAUGAAAUUCGCAACAUCAGUGUUGUCUAAGCCCUGGCUAUUCCGAGAUCGACGAUGGAAAUCUAACGUAGGUUAUUGGUUAAGUAGAAUCGAUUGUCGAUUCAAUCGGAAAGUACUAAAUGACAUCUUGCCAAGUCAUGCUCAACUGAACAGUGGACCUCAAGUACGCCCAUUAUUGACAUCCUCGGCCAUAAGUCCACCUACAACUUCUCAACUCUCCCCGAUGGCUCAGCCGCAUCCAUCGGUUGCGCUUUCCGCCAACUGCUUCUGUCCGGCUUCUCUUAUCAGCAAUAUUCUCCUGGUUGCAUCUCAUUUUGCAGAGGAUGUGGUGAGACGGGAAUUGCUCAUUGCUAACGAUCUUAUUGGCUGCGUUAUUGGACGAGGUGGAAUGAAGAUAAAUGAAAUUCGCAAGGUCUCCCAAGCAACUAUCCAUAUUUCAAAUGACGAGAAUUCGCUCCAGCAACAUCACCGCUCACGCCUAAUUACCAUUACCGGAUCGCCGAAGGCUGUUGAUUCUGCUGUUGAUAUGAUCAAUGCCAGUCUACAGUGUCGUGAGGCUACAUUGAUGCCUUCGGAAAUCACCCAACCUAUUUUGUAG